AUGGGUGAAGGCUCAGUACCAUUUUUGCUGGACCAAGGAACUACUAAAACGUAUCAAAUACCUAUUGGUCAUCUGGACUACAAGUUUAUUGAGAAAUGCACAGAUGUUAAACACCUGGAAAAGAUUCUCAGGGUAUUAAGAUCUGGAGAAGAAGGAUGUUAUCCUGAACUUACUUUGUGUUGUGAAAAGCGUCUUGAGCUUUUAGAUCCAAGGAGCAGAGCUCUAAGAAAAGACAAACCUGCAGCCACAGACUCUGACUUCACAGUUGAAGAAUGGGAAACAAUUAAUGGUGAACUGAUGAGCUGGGUGAGACAAAUGAAUGAAGAUGAUGAGAAGUUGCUGAGAACAGACACUGUACAUGACACAGGAGAUAACCUGCCUCCAGUUCGUUGUUCCAGCAGCUGUCUUUCUGCUAAUCAGACCAAAAAAUUACAAAACAAACAAAGAAACAAGAGAAACAUCCCACGGGAUUACAAGGAAUGGGACAAGCUCGAUGUGGAAAAGGAGUGUUCUAAAAUUGAUGAAGCCUGUGAAGAAAGUAACUCAAAAGCAAGAAUUUUUAGUAGGCCAAGUCUACCUGUAAUCCAAAAGAAAAUAGAUACCUCUGGCAUGACAAAGAAAGAGAAGAUUUUUAUUGCUACUCGUGAAAAAGAAAAGGGCAAUGAGGCCUUUGCCACUGGUGACUAUGUGGAAGCAGUGACAUACUAUGCUCGGAGUAUAUCAGUAAUACCCACUGCAGCUGCAUAUAAUAACAAAGCUCAAGCAGAAAUCAAACUUCAGAACUGGGACAGUGCCUUGCAGGAUUGUGAGAAGGUACUAGAUAUGGAACCUCACAACAUAAAAGCUCUGAUGCGCCAUGCCACUGUAUGCAGUCAGCUGCAGAGUUACCAGACAGCAAUAGAGGAUCUGAACAAAGUGUUGUGUGUUGAACCAGGAAAUGCCCUAGCUAAGAAAAGUCUGUUAGAGAUUGAAAAGAAACUGGAAAGUCUGAAGCCUGUAGCUGAGACUCAAGGCAAAGGAAGAAGAAUACUUAUAGAGGAUUCAGAAGGUGAUGGAGAAAGAGAGGAAAAUACAGAAAAGCGUGACAGAAGUGGUGGAGAUCAAAAAACCGGUGUGCCAGUGAGAGCAGAGGCUGCGGAGGAGGAGGCUGCGAUGGGCAACGCGCAGAGAAAGUUUCAUAGCAAAGGAGGAGGUGGUAAGGCGGAGGACAGAGAGACACAGAAGCAGAAGGACUCCCCCGAGAGCAGAUUAAAAAAAGGCAAAUCCGAGAAAAAAUCCCAAAAGCAUUCGUCAGACCGUGAAGAAGUGAAUGGCUAUUUACACAGCGACCAAGGCAGUGCAAGCCCUGAAUCUGAGAUCUUCAGGUCGCAUGGAGCAGGGUGUCAGUCGGCUGGUGGUGACAGUUCUUCGCUUCCUCCUGCUGCAGCAAAGCUCAAAAGUGAAGGAAACGAACUAUUUAAGAGUGGCCAGUUCGGAGAAGCUGUGCUCAAAUACUCAGAGGCAAUCGAGUAUGUCACUGGCCUAGGAGAACAAAGUCCAGAUGGUUUAAGUAUCUUGUACUCCAACAGAGCAGCAUGUUAUCUCAAAGAAGGGAACUGCAGUGACUGCAUUCAGGAUUGUAACAGAGCUCUGGAGCUUCAGCCGUUCUCCCUGAAGCCUCUUCUGCGCCGAGCGAUGGCCAAUGAGUCCCUGGAGCGGUAUCAACAGGCUUACAUUGAUUAUAAAACAGUCCUGCAGAUAGACAGCAGCAUCCAGGCAGCAAAUGACAGUGCUGAUAGGAUAACAAAGACUUUAAUAGAUCAGGAUGGCUCCAGUUGGAGGGAGAAACUGCCACCAAUUCCAGUUGUUCCAGUCGCUGCUCAGCUCCACAGGUGGGAUGGAGGAACCUUGGCUUCAGAGGACAACCCAAGAAGUACUGCAGAUAUCAGCAGAGAAGAGGAGUUGCAGAGGAAUCGUGAGAAGGCUGAGGAGAAGUUGAAGACACUAAAAACUGAAGGGAAUGAUUUUGUUAGGAUGGGUAAAUAUGAGGAAGCUGUAAACAAGUACAGUGAAUGCAUGAAGUUAAACACUGAGGAAUGCACCAUCUACACGAACAGAGCUCUCUGUUACUUGAAACUGUAUAAAUAUGAAGAGGCUAAGCAGGAUUGUGAUCAUGUUCUUCAGCUAGAAGAUUCUAAUAUUAAAGCUUUUUAUAGAAGAGCUCUAGCGUACAAAGGAUUACAGAAUUACCAAGCCAGUGUUGAUGAUUUCAACAGAGUACUUCUAAUAGAUCCAGAUGUCCUGGAAGCAAAAAAGGAACUAGAGGAGGUAACCCAACUGCUUACCCUUGGCAGCAGUGCUGUGACUGGCAGUCAGCAGAAGCAAAGGAAGAAAAUAACCAUACAAGAGGUGACUGAUGACCAGGAGGAGACACAGUCCGGCACAGCAGAUGUUCUGACUGAUCCUGUUACUUCUAAGGAGGCAGUUCAAAAGGCUGGGCCACUGAAGACCUCUGAGAAACUGCCUCUUUCUGAAGCAUUUAAUGCUUAUGACUUUGGACAGAUGGUAAAUGCAGUGAACACCACUAAAGAUAAAGCUGCUUGUGCAGAGCUUCUGACAGUUACUGAGCCAAAGAAAUUGCCAGCACUGAUGAGCAACAAACUUGAAGGAGAAAUCUUUUUGAUUUUCAUCCAGUCCAUGGAAUAUUAUCUGGUUGGAAAAGAUCCUGGCCUUGUAUAUCAGCACCUUUUCUACUUGAGCAAAGCAGAAAGAUUUAAGGUGGUGCUGGCCCUUCUUAGCAAUACUGAAAAAGAGCAGGUUCAGCACCUGUUUGCUGUGCUUGCCAAAACCCAGAGCAAUCAGUACUCUCUGGAAGAGCUGGAGAGCCUGAAAAAGGUUUAUGAACUUUAA